AUUCGUUGUAAAAUUAAAAAUUUAUCAUGAUAUCUUUAGAUAUGAACACUGACGUUCUUGCAAUAAAGUGUAUUAAAAAUUAUGUAUUCAUAGGAAUUGGAUGUACGAUUUAUGUGCUGAAUAAUAUACGUUGUAAACUAGAAAUUAAAAUAAAUGUUCUUCACCCUGAUAAUAUAUAUGAUAUUAUUAAUAAAUCAGAUGAUAAACUUAUUGUUUAUGGCAAAAAAAGCCUGUGCAUUUUAAGUAUUAGUUUUAGAGAUGAUUUUAUAAGAAUAGAACAAAUUGAUGAAAUUAUUAGAUUUGAUGAUUGGAUUAUUAAUGUGAAAUGGUUAGGUGCGCUAUCUGAUCCAACAUUAACAAUUUUAUUUGCAAAUAAUAAUGUUUAUAAUUUUGAGUUAUUUAGUAAGCAAUACUUUAAUACUCAUUGUAAAGAAAGAUGUUUGUUAUAUUCUGGAACUAUAUUUGGUCAAAGUUGUAAAAAUACAUUAAUAUUUAGUGGUACUGUUUUUCAAGAAAUAUUAAUAUGGAGAGUAAUGCAUAAUUCAAAUAUGAAAUUUUCUGAAGUUUUACAUCGUUUAAUAGGGCAUAAAGGAGUAAUCUUUUCUGUACUAUAUAAUCCACUAAAUAAUUUAAUAUGUUCUACAUCUGACGAUAGAACUGUAAGAUUAUGGAAAAUAUCAAGUACAUUAAUUAAUGAUUUAAAUAAUGCAGUUUGGAAAAAUAUUGAGAUAACUCUUCAAACAACAAUGUAUGGUCAUAUAGCAAGAGUUUGGAAAGCUAUUUUUUUAAAAAACAUAAUUGCAAGCAUUGGAGAAGAUUCACGCAUAUGUUUCUGGACUUUAUUGGGUGUUCUAUUAUAUAAAAUAGAAGCUCAUCAUGGAGCACCAAUUUGGUGUAUUGAUAUAUCUGAAGAUAAUAUUGUAUUCACAGGAGGAGGUGAUGGAUCUGUAAAUUCUUGGCCUUUGAAAAAUAUUAAUCCUUUACAAAAUCAUGUUUUAUUAGAAAUCAAUAACCAUAUGCUUCCAAAGCAUAUUCAUAUAAUUAAUAGAAUAAAGAAUAAAUGGUAUCACAUUGGAAAAUAUAAAAUUGAAGAUUCUAAAAUAUUUUCUAUAAAAUGGUUAAAUAUUGAUACAAUCUUAGUUUGUGUUGCAGAAGGACAUUUAUAUAUUAUUCAAUUUCUGAAAUUCAGUAUUAAAAUUUUAUCUGAACAUGUACUACCGACUUCUCGACAACGAUGGGUUACAUCAGCAUGUGUGUACAAUAAUCUCUUAGUGUGCGGAGAUAGAAUAGGUAGCAUUUAUGUUUACAAUUUACAAAAUAAUGAAAAAUAUCCUGUACAGAGUUUUAGAAAAAUCCAUGGGCAGUUUGGUGUGCAAUCAUGUAUAAUUAUGAAUUGUAAUCUUAUAACAACUGGUCGUGAUCGUACUCUCAAAUUUUAUAAAUUUUGUGAUAUUAGUGGUCAUAAUCCAACAAUUGAAUUUUUACAUGCAAAAACUAUGCCAAUGGAUUGGGUUAGUAAAUUAAUAAAACAUAAAAAUUAUUACUAUGUUUUAGGAUUUAAGGAGAAAGAAUUCAUAAUUUAUAAUCUUUCUUUAAAAAGAAUAGUAUCGAAAAUUCUUUGUGGUGGAGGACACAGAUCUUGGGAUUGUGUGAUGUAUAAUAAAUUAACUAAUUUUGCAUACAUACAAAAAAAACAAGUGUACAUUGUUACCAUUUCUUUAGAUACAUUAUAUAAUCCUCCUUUGUUGAAUGCCUUCCAUACUAAACAAAUAAAUUGUAUUAAAAUUUUACAUAUAUUAUCUAAGCAUCAUUAUAUUUUAAUAUCUGGUGGUGAAGAUUGUACACUUUUUAUAAGCUCCAUUAUACCUAAAUCACAAUCAAGAGUUAAAUUUAUAGAUUUUUUUAAUGGACACUUAUCAAGUAUUAAAUGCAUAUCAAUAUUCACAGUUUUAAUAGAUAAAAAUAUAAGUAAACAUUUAAUUUUUUCUGGUGGUGGCAGGGCUCAACUAAAAUUAUGGGAGAUAACAAUAAAAACUAAUACGGCUAAUAAUAAUACUCUUUCAAAUGAAAAUAUAUCUUGUAAAGAUUUAUUAUCUUAUAUGUUGCAUGGGCUAGAUAAAAAGCGAAAUAAAAUCUGGGUUGGAAAUGAACUAAUAUAUAAUACAGAUACAGAAACAAGAUAUAUGGAUAUAAGUACAAUAAAUAAUCCUCAAAAUAUGGAUAAUAUUUUAGUUUUUAUUGCCUGCUCUGAUGGUUGCCUCAGGUCCUUCAGUUACAGCAUUCAAACAAAUCAAAUCAAAUUAAUCAAUACUUUAAUGAAUAAAAACAGGUGUAUUUUAAAAGUUCACAUAACCAUGGCAACUGAUGGAUUAUUAAAUAUAUGGAACGUCAUUUCUACAAAUGAUAUAUUCGAGAUAAAAAAUGUAACAAUUGAUGGGAAACACGAUCUCAGUUUACAUCAAUCUGGAAUUAAUAGUUUUGAUAUUAAAAUAUUAAAUAAUUAUGAGUAUAUAUUGGCUACAGGUGGAGAUGAUAACCUACUUAAUCUAUUAAUAUUUAAGAUUAUUUUUCAACAUAAUGAAGUUUUGUCAAUUCAUGUAGUUUCUUCUUGGGGAACUAUUUCUAUUCAUUCUGCUCAAAUUACAGGUAUAAUAUUACUGCACAACAGAAUUAUUAGUGUUGGAAGAGAUCAAAAACUUGCAGUACAUAAAUAUUCAUAUAAUAAUUCAAAGAUAUGUGCAAUGUUUCUGAAAGAAAUAAACUUGUGCAUAUCAGAUGUUCAGGGCAUUAUUUUAUGUGUAAAUCAAAAACCAAAUACACAUCUUUUUUGUGUUUAUGGAAAAGGAUUUCAGUUGUUAGAAGUAUAAAAGAAAUAGUAAAAUGUCAAAA